AUGCCGACAAUUGCGACUUCUAAUCAUUCGACACAUAGAUUCCAUCGACUAAGCGAGGAAAUCUAUAUCAAAAUGAAAAUAUUCAUUGCGUGCAUGUUUAUUGCCGCAGCGACGGCUGCAGUGAUUCCUGUCGAACAAUCCAGGCAGCGUCGUGAUGUUUCUGAAAUCGUCAACAACGAGUACAUAGCCCCAGCUGAGGAAGAUAGCUCCGACAACCCAAUAGAAGAUUCUGCCGCUCUCAGCGCUGAUGGAUACAAGUACAAGACUGUUCGUCGUCUGAAAUAUCGACAGCGUCGUGAAGUUUCCAAUGAUUACUUGCCCCCAACUGAGGAUGUUGCUGUUGAAGCCCCAGUCGAAGAGGCCGAGCCCGCUCAAGAUUCCGCUGUGCUCAGCGCUGAUGGAUACAAGUACAAGACUGUUCGUCGUCUGAAAUAUCGCCAGCGUCGUGAAGUUUCCAAUGAUUACUUGCCCCCAACUGAGGAUGUUGCUGUUGAAGCCCCCGUCGAAGAACCCGCCCAAGAUUCUGCUGUUCUCAGCGCUGAUGGAUACAAGUACAAAACUGUUCGUCGUCUGAAAUAUCGCCAGCGUCGUGAAGUUUCCGAGGUUGCCAAUGAUUACUUGCCCCCAACUGAGGAUGUUGCUGAUGAAGCCCCAGUCGAAGAACCCGCCCAAGAUUCCGCUGUUCUCAGCGCUGAUGGAUACAAGUACAAGACUGUCCGUCGUUUGAAAUAUCGCCAGCGUCGUGAAGUUUCCGAGGUUGCCAAUGAUUACUUGCCCCCAACUGAGGAUGUUGCUGUUGAAGCCCCAGUCGAAGAACCCGCCCAAGAUUCUGCUGUUCUCAGCGCUGAUGGAUACAAAUACAAGACUGUCCGUCGUCUGAAAUAUCGCCAGCGUCGUGAUGUUUCCGAGGUUGCCAAUGAUUACUUGCCCCCAACUGAGGAUGUUGCUGUUGAAGCCCCAGUCGAAGAACCCGCCCAAGAUUCCGCUGUUCUCAGCGCUGAUGGAUACAAGUACAAGACUGUCCGUCGUUUGAAAUAUCGCCAGCGUCGUGAAGUUUCCGAGGUUGCCAAUGAUUACUUGCCCCCAACUGAGGAUGUUGCUGUUGAAGCCCCAGUCGAAGAACCCGCCCAAGAUUCUGCUGUUCUCAGCGCUGAUGGAUACAAAUACAAGACUGUCCGUCGUCUGAAAUAUCGCCAGCGUCGUGAUGUUUCCGAGGUUGCCAAUGAUUACUUGCCCCCAAGUGAGGAUGUUGCUGUUGAAGCCCCAGUCGAAGAGGCCGAGCCCGCUCAAGAUUCCACUGUGCUCAGCGCUGAUGGAUACAAGUACAAGACUGUUCGUCGUCUGAAAUAUCGCCAGCGUCGUGAAGUUUCCGAGGUUGCCAAUGAUUACUUGCCCCCAAGUGAGGAUGUUGCUGUUGAAGCCCCAGUCGAAGAACCCGCCCAAGAUUCUGCUGUUCUCAGCGCUGAUGGAUACAAGUACAAAACAGUCCGUCGUCUGAAAUAUCGCCAGCGUCGUGAAGUUUCCGAGGUUGCCAAUGAUUACUUGCCUCCAACUGAGGAUGUUGCUGUUGAAGCCCCAGUCGAAGAACCCGCCCAAGAUUCCGCUGUUCUCAGCGCUGAUGGAUACAAGUACAAAACAGUCCGUCGUCUGAAAUAUCGCCAGCGUCGUGAAGUUUCCGAGGUUGCCAAUGAUUACUUGCCCCCAACUGAGGAUGUUGCUGUUGAAGCCCCAGUCGAAGAACCCGCCCAAGAUUCUGCUGUUCUCAGCGCUGAUGGAUACAAGUACAAGACUGUUCGUCGUCUGAAAUAUCGCCAGCGUCGUGAAGUUUCCGAAGUUUCCAAUGAUUACUUGCCCCCAACUGAGGAUGUUGCUGUUGAAGCCCCAGUCGAAGAACCCGUCCAAGAUUCUGCUGUUCUCAGCGCUGAUGGAUACAAGUACAAGACUGUUCGUCGUCUGAAAUAUCGCCACCGGGUUUGA